AUGCGAUCGAGCGAUUCGAAACGUUCUCCCAUGAGUGCCAACAUCUUACCGAUCGAAACCGCAACCCGACUAACUACGAGUUUGCUUAGAGAUAAGCAAUUAAACCAGCAACGGCUCAGAACACCAACAUCCCGAGGGGGUUCUGUUCUCAAUACGGAAUUAGCUGUCGAAAGUCGUCCAAAAACAGGAAUUCUUGGAAUCAAAUCGACAAAUCCAAAAAGCUCUCUUCAAUUUCGCCGACGAAUCGAAGACCGCAGCUACUAUAUUGGUCUGCUUAGAGAACGCAUUACUGCAAUUACUGUUGAGUUAAAAACUAUUAUGGCAGAAUAUUCAGUUGCAGAAGAAGAAGCUAGGAGCUUUGGUCAUUAUGAAAAGAUGGCAGAAAAUCUGGCAGCGGAACUCAGAGAUCUUCAGGGGGAAUUGGGUGAUUACAACACUCUUAUUGAUAAAGCAACUCUUGGCCAUGACUUGUCGUCCAUUGAACUUGACUGGGAAGACUUGAAAGCUGCUAAUGAUCGCGCUGAAGUUAGCCUAGAGCACCAUUUUGAGAAACGCAAGAAGGCUGAAGAUCAGCUAAAGUCUGCCCAAAUAGAACUGGAACAGGAAAGGCGCAUUGCCGAAUGCAUUAUUGAAGACAUGGACGAUGAACAAAAGGCGAAGUACCUUAAGCUUAGAAAUCAAAGUGAUUUCUUUCUUCAACAACUUUCAACCGGCCACAGCAAAUUAACGGAAAUGUUAGAAAGAUGCAACGAGUUAGAAUUGGAGAUUUCGACAUCAAGUAUUAGACAGGAAGCAUUGUGUAUUUUUAGAAAAUUAAGAGAUGUUGAAGCUAAGAGAGACCAAUUACAGGCAGAAGAAGAUAAUAAGGAAGAUCCGCAGAUCGAAAAGGAACGUUUAUUAGCGAAAAUAAAGGAAGAUAACCGAGAAACAGCAAGCAUGGAAAGAGAAAUUCGCGAACUGAAUGAAAGGAUCCAAGUUGAUGAGUUAUUACUCAACCAGCUUUGCACCCAGUUAAGUGACCAAUCUGCCAAUGAACGAGAUCCAACGGUUAUGGAGCUGAAUCUUCGAAAAGCCCAAAUAAACGAUUUCUUUUCUGCAAAACAUCAAAUUGUUAAAGCUCUAGGCCGGUGCUCUCAGUAUAUUGCUAAUAUCGAACAAGCGAUAGGAAGUAAAACUGUUUCAGAAGCUAACAUGGAUGCCGUAGAAGAUCAGCUGAAUGAGCCAAGCAAGUCAGAAAACACUGCAGAAGCUCUUGAUACUGAAAAAUCUAUGCUGUUAAACUAUUUAAAGAAGAUUGAUCAGUUGGAGAUUAAAGUAACAGAGGAACUAGAGGCGCUUAAAACAAAUGUCAUGACAAUUGAAUCCGACUUGAAUAAGUUGAACAAUAUCGCUUCAAAUGACGAAACAUCAGAAGAAAGGAAAGCCUCUUUACUGAAGGAGAUUGAAAAACUUAAAGAAACGCGUGCAAAUCUGGCUGUUAUUACGUCCCAACUAGAGGCCCAAAACACAUCCAUGGAAGCAAACCUCAAUUCCAAUGAAACACAUAUCCAAUUGUGCACCUUGGAGAAGAGGCUCACUGCAUGCGAAACGAGAAAGCAAGCUCUCUCAAAGGCAAUUGAAACAAAGAAAUUUGAAAGUGACUAUUCUUUCACCGCCAUGAAAGCCAAAUCACUUUUGGCUGAUUAUAAUCAAGCACUCAAAACUGAGCUCAUGGUUAAACCGUUAGCAUUAUGA